AUGGCGUCCGACGAUAAGGCUGGCGAUGUGCUUCACCAAGAAGACACUCGCACUGAGGCGCCGGUUCCUGGUUCUGGACUCGCCGAGGACCAGAUGAGCGCGUGGCAAUGCAUCCGGCGCAACCCCAAGAUCGUUCUCUGCUCGCUCUAUGCCAACAUCGGCGCUGUCAUGGUCGGCUACGACAAUCUGGCUCUGGCUGUCUGCCUUGCCAUGCCGGCCUUCCAACACACAUUUGCCAGCGAGGUCAACGGGAAGCUCAUCAUCCCAGCGCAUUGGCAGUCAGCUUGGAACGCCAUGUACAACGUCAUGACCCUCGUGGGCUCGCUCGCGGCCGCCGAGUUUGUCGACUGGUUCGGCUGCCGCCUGGGAUUCCUGCUCACAGCCAUCGUGGCGGCUGGGGGGGUCGCCCUCAACUUCGUGUCGCAGAAUCCGUCCCAAUUCCUGGGCGGCAAGAUGAUCACCGGGGUGGCCGUCGGCAUUGCCAUGACAGUCGGCCAGAAAUACGUGUCUGAGAUCGCGCCGAUGCCGAUGCGUGGCAUCGCGCUGAGUUUCAAUACCAUUUGCAUGAACAUCGGUUUUCUCAUCGCAAUCUCUGCCACCUUCAGCCGAGUCAGCAUCAUGGACGAGUCCGCAUUCAGACACCUCUUUGCAGCAGCCUGGGCCUUCCCCGGCGCCCUCCUGGUCUUCCUCCCCUUCAUCCCCGAAUCGCCCUACUGGCACGCCCAAAAGAACCAGCCCGCCAAAGCCAAGCGAGCGCUUGAACGUCUCUCGCCGAAGAAUGCGCCCGUCCAGGCGCGCGUCGACCAGAUGCUUGUCGCCAUCGAUGCUGAGCGUGCCCUCAUGGCCGCCUCGGGCGCCACCGCCGCGUCGCUGCUCGACUGCUUCCGCGGCGCCAACUGGCGGCGCACGCGCAUCGUGCUGCUCUGCAGCUCCAUGAACGUUGUGGUUGGCGGCGCGCUGUCGGCGAACGCGCCGUACUUCCUGAACCAGACGGGCCUAGCGUCGCAUACCGUGACCAUGUUGAUCGAGAUUGGCAUCAGUCUGGGCGUGCUGAGCGCGCUAGUCAACGUGGUGCUCAUGGCGCGGUUCAAUCGGCGGCCGCUGCUGCUCGGCGGGAUCGGGCUGUGCGCGGCCAUGUUCCUGAUCAUGGGCGUUGCGGGGUGCUUUGCGAGGACGCCGAGUAACCUGCUGGUGAUCGGCAUUGUCCUGCAAAUCACGCCGCUGUCCUACGGCCCGUCGGUGGGUGCGGCCAUGGCGGUGGCCGGCGAGGUGUCGGCAAUGAGCCUGCGGUCGAAGACGCUGGGCGUGGGCAUUGCGUCCAACUACUUAUUCAGCACCAUCUGGCUGGUCGUGCUGCCGUACCUGUUCAACGAGGACCAGGCCAACCUCGGCGGCAAGAUCGGGUUCGUAUUCUUUGGGCAGGCGCUGAUCUGGAUGGUGGCCGUGUGGUUCGACGUCCCAAAUACCAACGGGCGGAGCUACGAGGACUUGGACCUCAUGUUUGAGUCCCGCGUGGGCACGCGCAAGUUCAGGACGUGGCAGCCGGACGGUGCUGUCGCUGCGAAGGUGGUGGAUCCGUGA